AUGGUCUAUAAUAAUCUGAAAGUCCCGACUCCAGCCCUCAUCAAAGGCAUCCGCGCCUGCAAAGUAACCGUGGCCGAUGAGCGCGCUCUCAUCCAGCAGGAAUCUGCAGCAAUACGGACGUCAUUCAAGGAAGAGGACUCGUUUGCGCGACACAACAAUAUCGCGAAACUCCUCUACAUCCAUAUGCUUGGGUCACCCGCUCACUUUGGACAGAUAGAGUGCUUGAAGCUGGUCGCCAGUCCACGCUUUGCCGACAAACGGUUAGGAUAUUUGGGGAUUAUGUUGCUUUUGGAUGAGAGCCAGGAGACUCUGACAUUGGUCACCAACUCGUUGAAAAACGACAUGAAUCACUCCAACAUGUACGCUGUUGGGCUGGCCCUAUGCACAUUCGCAAACAUAGCAUCGGAGGAGAUGUCAAGAGACCUGGCAAAUGAAAUCGAGAAACUUUUGGGUUCAAGCAACACUUAUAUUCGCAAGAAGGCGGCACUGUGCGCGCUUCGUGUGAUCAAGAAAGUCCCGGAACUCGCCGACCACUUCAUUUCCAAAGCAAAGAAUUUAUUGACCGACCGAAAUCAUGGCGUCCUGUUGUCUUCGAUAACGCUCGUCACUGAAAUGUGCCAUAUAGAGCCUGCGAUACGGGAUGAGUUCCGAAACGCCGUACCUCUUCUCGUCCGCAACCUCAAGUCUCUUGUAACGACAGGUUAUAGUCCAGAGCACGACGUUUCAGGCAUCACAGACCCCUUCCUACAAGUCAAAAUUUUGCGACUUCUACGUCUUCUUGGUCGGGGUGAUGAAACAGCGAGCGAAGCUAUGAACGAUAUCCUCGCACAGGUUGCGACCAACACCGACUCUACGAAGAAUGUUGGCAACUCGAUUCUCUACGAGACCGUUCUUACUGUUCUGGAUAUCGAAGCCGACACUGGACUGCGCGUCAUGGCUAUCAACAUUUUGGGAAAGUUUUUGAGCAAUCGGGAUAACAACAUUCGUUAUGUUGCGCUGAACACGCUGAAUAAGGUGGUUUCAAUGGACACCAACGCCGUACAAAGGCAUCGCAACAUUAUUCUGGACUGCUUGCGAGAUGGCGACAUAUCGAUCAGGCGACGAGCUCUGGAGCUAUCUUAUGCUCUCAUCAAUGAAGGCAAUGUCCGCGUGCUUGUUCGAGAAUUGCUCGCCUUCCUUGAAGUAGCCGACGACGAAUUCAAGCUUGGAAUGACCACACAAAUAUCUCUCGCUGCAGAACGAUUCGCGCCGAACAAACGGUGGCACAUCGACACUGUCCUUCGAUUCCUGCGACUGGCUGGAAACUUCGUGCGGGAAGAGAUAUUGUCCGCCUUCAUUCGUCUAGUAGCGCAUACUCCGGAACUACAAGCAUAUACUGCAUCAAGGCUCUAUGUUGCUUUGAUGGCCGAUAUUUCUCAAGAGUCUCUAACCCUUGCUGCAACCUGGGUCAUCGGUGAAUAUAGUGAACUGCUGUUAGAGGGAGGAAUUGUGGACGAGGACUCACAGAAACCUGUCUCGGACAAGCAAUUAAUUGACUUGCUAGUGUCGAUUCUCGACUCACCAUAUGCCAACCUCCUUAUACGACAGUUUGUGCUGACUGCCGUCACGAAGAUUUCAUCACGGCCAGCAGUCAGUGUAACUCAACAGGAGCGUAUUUCGGAGCUUCUGGCACAAUACGCAACGAGUCCUGAGUUAGAACUGCAACAGCGAGCGAUCGAGUUCGUGAGCCUGUUCAAUCUUGGUCAAGUCAAGGAGGGUGUCUUGGAGAAAAUGCCACCUCCGGAACUGAAAGCUACUGUUAUCGGUGUCGUCAGUGAACAGAAACCAGUGGGCUCAACAAAAGCCACUGUUGUCGACGAUCUUCUGGGUUCGGACGACGUGGUUGCUACUAGUCCUGCAACAAACGUCACGCAAAGCAAUAAUGAUCUUCUCCAAGGUCUCUUGGUUGGGGGGGAUGUGAACCCGACCAGCAGUUCUUCGCCGCCAGCUGCCCGUUCCGUUGUCGAUGACAUUAUGAGUUUGUUCGGGCCUACUCCCUCAACAACAGCACCUGCCCCCACUCCUACCCCAGCGUCCAAUCCAAUGUCUGUCUUCAACAGCAUUGCUUCAACUCCCGCUCAACCAACACCACCACCCACCCAACCACGACUCACAUCAUAUUCCGCCUAUGACCAGAACGAGCUGAAAAUAAGCCUCACACCUCAAACAUCUCCAUCACAACCUGGCACCGUCAUGAUCCUUGCAAGGUUCCAAGUAACAGGUGCUAAUGCAGCGACGGGACUGAGUUUCCAAGCUGCCGUCCCAAAGUCUCAACAACUGCAAAUGCUGCCCAUGUCCAACUCGGAUGUCAACCCCGGCUCUGUAGAAACCCAAAAGUUGCGUGUGAUUGCGCCUGUUGGGAGUGCAGUGAGGCUACGUCUACGAAUAUCAUUCAACUUGGCGGGGCGGGCAAUCCAGGAUCAAGUAGAUUUUUCAGGCUUCCCAGCCAAUCUGACGACAGGAGGUCCAUAG